AUGUCUUUGGUAUUUCUAGAGAUCAUCUUGCUCUUAUGCAUUUUGAGCUUUAGCAAUGCAUCGUCAUACAAGCGCGACAACAGGACGAUGACCUUCACAAUCACGCAACAAGCCAAUCCAAACUUUAUUCGGAAUGCAUCUGUCACUCACUUCGCAGAUUUGGCACAGUACAAUGUUAUCAUAAAUUCAACAUAUGCUGCGGCUCUAAGUGCCAGCAUAGCAGCAGCUGGUGGGCAAACUGGUAGUACCUCAGCAUUGGGUCUAGCCUAUGAAAGUGAAUACGUUUGCCAGGUGACAAUAGGCGACCAGGACCUGUAUCUGGACUUUGAUACAGGAUCUUCUGAUCUUACUUCCGUGGAUCAGGGUGUGGAGGUGGCACUAUAUGUUUCACCAAAAUUUGCUUUGGAUUAUUUCACUAGUGGCCUGCUUGGGCUAGCUUUCAGUUCUCUGAAUACUGCAAGUCCUGUGCAGCAAUUAACAUAUUUUGAGAGUAUUCUGCCUACAUUGGAGGAACCACUGUUUACCGCAAAUCUAAAACAUGGGGCACCGGGAAACUAUAACUUUGGUUACAUUGAUCCGACAGAAUAUACAGGCUCUAUUGCCUGGACACCUGUGACCAUGCCAUAUGGCUACUACGCAUAUUGGCAGCUUGACUUGAGCGGAUACCAAAUCUCUUCUAAUCCAUACAUCGAGACACCCAUUAAUGGAAUUGCUGAUACUGGCACUACACUUCUGUAUCUACCAAACGAUGUUGUGACGGCUUACUAUGCGGCUGUUCCAGGGUCAGUCUUUGAUGAAAAUGAAGCGGCUUGGCUGUUCCCAUGCUCAGCUACAUUACCAGACUUUAUCUUUGGUAUAGCAGAAUAUCGAGGGGUUGUUCCUGGUGAUUAUAUGAACUAUGAGCCCGUGGAUGAUGUUUGGUGCUAUGGAGGUAUACAGCCGGAUACUGACUUAGGGUUCUCGAUAUUUGGAGAUAUUCUGCUUAAGGCACAAUUUGUGGUGUUUGAUCAUUCGGGACCGCGUCUCGGUUUCGCUAACAAGCUUUUGAAGCCGACCUGA